UGUCAGCGGGGAAGCUUCAAGAUGGUGAAAUUUGGACUGCAGUUUAAAGCCACCCUGGAGAACGUCACCAAUGUUAGACCAUUGGGGGACGACUUCCGCUGGUUCCUGAAGCUCAAGUGUGGAAACUGUGGAGAAAUUCCAGAUAGAUGGCAGUAUGUAACUCUGGUGGAGAGUGUGCCACUCAAGGGAGGACGAGGGAGCGCCAGCAUGGUGCAGAAGUGUAAACUCUGUUCCAGGGAGAAUUCCAUCGAUAUUCUGGGAGACACAAUCACACCUUACAAUGCCGAGAACAGCGAAACCUUCAAGACGAUGGUGCAGUUCGAGUGUCGAGGUCUGGAGCCCGUUGAUUUCCAGCCACAAGCUGGCUUUGCUGCAGAAGGAGCCGAGUCUGGAACGCCGUUUCCUGAAAUCAACCUGCUAGAAAAAGACUGGACCGACUACGAUGAGAAAAUUAGUGAGUCUGUGGGGAUAUAUGAGGUCACACACCAGUUCAUCAAGUGCUGAUAUCACCAUGCAUUGAGCCUUAGAGGAACACUG